AUGAGCGCUCUCCCCUGGCUCUUUUACUUUGACGUCACCAGCAACCAGCUGGGGGGGGCAGUUCCCGCCUUCGGCACCAGAGUGGGGCACCUGCACCUGAGCAACAACAACUUCACAUCACUCUCUCCUGCCCUCUCCUCGCUGAAGAGUCUCAUUCACCUGUACGCCAAAGGCCUCCCAUGUUCCCCGACCUUCUCUCCCCUUCGCACCGUCUCUCUCCCCUUCGCACCGUCUCUCUCCCCUUCGCACCGUCUCUCUCCCCUUCGCACCGUCUCUCUCCCCUUCGCACCGUCUCUCUCCCCUUCGCACCGUCUCUCUCCCCUUCGCACCGUCUCUCUCCCCUUCGCACCGUCUCUCUCCCCUUCGCACCGUCUCUCUCCCCUUCGCACCGUCUCUCUCCCCUUCGCACCGUCUCUCUCCCCUUCGCACCGUCUCUCUCCCCUUCGCACCGUCUCUCUCCCCUUCGCACCGCCUCUCUCCCCUUCGCACCGUCUCUCUCCCCUUCGCACCGUCUCUCUCCCCUUCGCACCGUCUCUCUCCCCUUCGCAACGUCUCUCUCCCCUUCACACCGUCUCUCUCCCCUUCACACCGUCUCUCUCCCCUUCGCACCGUCUCUCGCCCCUUCGCACCGUCUCUCUCCCCUUCGCAACGUCUCUCUCCCCUUCACACCGUCUCUCUCCCCUUCGCACCGUCUCUCUCCCCUUCGCACCGUCUCUCUCCCCUUCGCAACGUCUCUCUCCCCUUCACACCGUCUCUCUCCCCUUCGCACCGUCUCUCUCCCCUUCGCACCGUCUCUCUCCCAUUCACAUGUCGCUGCACCAUGCCCGAUGCUCCACCCACUCGUUCCCACCAGACUUCUCUGGAACCGUGCCUUGCCAUCUUAGCCCCUGCAUCCACCCUCCACUUGCCUCUCAUCUCCCUUUUACCCUCCAUGGCCUCUCAUCUCCCUUUUACCCUCCACUUGCCUCUCAUCCCCGUCUCUCACGCACCACCCGCUCCUUCCCGCCAGGCUACUCUGCAACUGCAUCCCACAACCACUUCUUUGGCUCUAUCCCCCUCUCCCUCUUCACCUCCCAUUCCAAUCUCGCCACCCUAACGCUCUCUGACAACAAGCUGAGAGGCCACAUCCCAAACUUCACGCAGCUCUUGGGGUUGAUGUUCCUCUCUCUCUACGACAACCUUUUCACACACGCUCCACACAAGCUGCUCACCAGUGAAGCCAUCAAAACGGAGCUCUACGGCACUCCCCUGCUCUACGGCAACCCCCUCUGCUCGCCCUAUCGCCCCGAAGUCUCCCAAGUCUGCCUACCUUCCCAGCUUUCUGCCCCGACCUGCACUGCAACCCUCUCUACCGAGUUGGAUUUUUUUAGUCGACUCGAAUUUCAACUCCCUCUCUCCCCUCCCCCACCUUUUCCUCUCCCCCAGGCUCUACGGCAACCCCCUCUGCUCGCCCUAUCGCCCCGAAGCUCGACGGCAACCCCCUGUGCUCGCCCUAUCGCCCCGAAGUCUCCCAAGUCUGCCUACCUUCCCAGCUUUCUGCCCCGACCUGCACUGCAACCCUCUCUACCGAGUUGGAUUUUUUUAGUCGACUCGAAUUUCAACUCCCUCUCUCCCCUCCCCCAUCUUUUCCUCUCCCCCAGGCUCGACGGCAACCCCCUCUGCUCGCCCUAUCGCCCCGAAGUCUCCCAAGUCUGCCUACCUUCCCAGCUUUCUGCCCCGACCUGCACUGCAACCCUCUCUACCGAGUUGGAUUUUUUUAGUCGACUCGAAUUUCAACUCCCUCUCUCCCCUCCCCCAUCUUUUCCUCUCCCCCAGGCUCGACGGCAACCCCCUCUGCUCGCCCUAUCGCCCCGAAGCUCUACGGCAACCCCCUCUGCUCGCCCUAUCGCCCCGAAGUCUCCCAAGUCUGCCUACCUUCCCAGCUUUCUGCCCCGACCUGCACUGCAACCCUCUCUACCGAGUUGGAUUUUUUUAGUCGACUCGAAUUUCAACUCCCUCUCUCCCCUCCCCCAUCUUUUCCUCUCCCCCAGGCUCUACGGCAACCCCCUCUGCUCGCCCUAUCGCCCAAAACUCUUCACCGUCUCCACCCCUCUCCACCCCUCUCCACCCCUCCCCAGGCUCUACGGCAACCCCCUCUGCUCGCCCUAUCGCCCCGAAGUCUCCCAAGUCUGCCUGCCGCCAGAACCCUUUCCCGACUUCACCUUCCCAGCUUUCUGUGCCGACCUGGACUGCAACCCGCGCUACCGGCCCAACUUCCCUCUCUACCAUCGCGAUCACACGUGCGAGUGCGUGUCCCCCAUGGAAGUGCAGCUGCGGCUGCCUGCUUCGCAGUACUCUGUGUUCAGUGAGGAGCUCGUGGAUAACUUUCGGGGGAGGAUUCGGGUCAGCUUGAGGCGGCUGGGCGUGAAUAUGACGUGGACUCAGGUGAACGGGUGGCAGGGAGGGUGGGUGGGUAGGAGGGAGGGUGGGUGGGAGGGUGGGAGGGUGGGAGGGUGGGUGGGCGGGAGGGUGGUGGGAGGGAGGGAGGGUGAACGGGUGGCAGGGAGGGUGGGAGGGGAGGGUGGGAGGGUGGGUGGGAGGGUGGGUGGGAGGGUGGGAGGGUGGGUGGGCGGGAGGGUGGUGGGAGGGAGGGAGGGUGGGAGGGAUGGAGGGAGGGAGGGAGGGAGGGAGGGAGGGAGGGUGGGAGGGAGGGAGGAAGGGAGGGUGGGAGGAUGCGUGGAUGGGUCACCCCACGCUCCCAUCACAGGCGCCAUAAUCAUCAGCACCAUCACAACCGCUAUGCUCACAGACAGCGAUAUCACCAUGUCGAUCCUCUUCUUCCCGCCACUAGACGACACCUCCUGGCAGCGCCAGCCAGCCACCAGCCAGCCACCAGCCAGCCUGGCUAGUGGUCCUCUCCCCUCUCCUUUCCACCCUUCCCACUCCUCUUCAUCCCUCUCUCCUCCCCUCUCCCCCGUUCUGCCCCUCAUCCUCCCCCAAUCCUCCCCCCCUUCUCCCUCCGCUCAUCAGAUAAUCAUCAGCACCAUCACAACCGCUGUGCUCACAGACAGCGAUAUCACCAUGUCGAUCCUCUUCUUCCCGCCACUAGACGACACCUCCUGGCAGCACCAGCCAGCCUUCAGCCAGCCAGAGACGAUCCGGAACGCGUUCGACUCCCACCGUGUGAUUUUGGGCACUGACUUGGGCCCAUACCGCAUUUUGGGAUACUACAACCCUGAUGCCCCACCUGCUAACGUCACAUCACAGGCACCACCAGCGUCUGGGGGGGUUUCAAUCGCAGUGGUGGUGGGUAUAGUGGCAGCAGGAGUGGCGAUUCUCGCUCUGCUGCUCGUGGGGCUUACCUGGCUGCUUCUGCACCGUCAGAAGAGGCAAGACUGGUGGGGGAAGGAGGACUAUGAAGCAAUAGAGGGCCUGAACCUGGUGGGCGUGCAGCGGUUCAAGCUGGGGGAGGUGGCAGAUGCAUCGUUACUCGCCCCCAUCUUAACCGUCCGAUAUUCCCCCUUCUUCUCUCCUCAAACACACGCCAGAUUGGUGGAAGGAGGAGGACUACGAGGCCAUAGAGGGCCUGAACCUGGUGGGCGUGCAGCGAUUCAAACUGGCAGAGCUGGCAGAUGCGACCCAGGGGUUCAAGACACUGCUGGGGGAGGGCGGAUACGGACAGGUGUACCUACCUCGGGCAGUUGCCACUGGGGUAAAGUGGCCGUCAAAUGCGCCCUCAACCCUCCUUCAGCCGUCUCUCUGCUCACCGUUUACCACGGGGAGUUGCCAUCAGGGGAGAAAGUGGCGGUCAAACGGGCCAAGCCAGGCGUGCAGGUGAACGGGAAGGAGUUCCGCAACGAGAUAGAGCUGCUGUCGGCAGUGCGCCACCGCAACCUGGUGAACGGCAAGGAGUUCUGCAAUGAGAUAGAGCUGCUGUCGGCAGUGCGGCACCGCAACCUGGUGAACGGCAAGGAAUUUCGCAACGAGAUAGAGCUGCUGUCAGCGGUGCGGCACCGCAACCUGGUGAAUGGAAAAGAGUUCCGCAACGAGAAAUUGCUGCUGUCGGCAGUACGGCACCGCAACCUGGUGCUGCUGCGGGGCUUCUGUGUGGAAGCGGGGGAGCAGCUUCUGGUGUAUGAGUUCAUUGAGAAGGGCACUCUGGAGGACAUACUGAGAGCAAUGGUGCUGCGGGGCUUCUGUGUGGAAGCGGGGGAACAGCUUCUGGUGUAUGAGUUCAUUGAGAAGGGCACUCUGGAGGACAUACUGAGAGGUAUUGAAGGGCGGGAGCAGCUACUGGUGUAUGAGUUCAUUGAGAAGGGGACGCUCGAGGACAUUCAAAGAGGGGUGCUGCUGCGGGGCUUCUGUGUGGAGGCAGGGGAGCAGCUACUGGUGUAUGAGUUCAUUGAGAAGGGCACUCUGGAGGACAUUCUCAGAGGCGAGGAGAGGUGCUUAAAGGCGUGGAGAGUGGUGCUGCGGGGAGAGUGGCAAGUCCGACUUGCACCUGACAUGGCAACAGCGGCUGGAUAUCGCAUGUUUGGGCAGCCAGGGGGCAAGUCUGGCAUGCACCUGUCAUGGCAGCAGCGGCUGGACAUCGCAUGUGGAGCAGCCAGGGGGUUCGCCUACCUGCACCAUCAGAUCAAGCCGCCUAUCAUUCACCGAGACGUGAAGACGGCCAACAUCCCGAUCACAGUAGCAGGGGAGGCAAAGACCGCCAACAUCCUAAUCACAGCAGCAGGGGAGGCGAAGGUGGCUGACUUUGGAAUCUCCAAGGCGGUGAUGGAAGGGGAACAGCUGGACACACAGGUCAAGGGCACCGUGGCACACGUGCAUGGCCUUGGGAUCUCCAAGGCGGUGAUGGAGGCUGGAGAGCAGCUGGGCACGCAGGUCAAGGGCACCGUGGGCUACCUAGACCCCGAGUACUUCAUGUCAGAUCUGCUGACAGAAAUGAGCGACGUGUUCAGCUUCGGCAUCGUGCUGCUGGAGAUCGCCACGGGGCUGCACCCAAUCCCACUCUAUUCCCCCUUUCUCCAUCUCUUUGUUUCUCCCCACCCCACCAAGGGAUACCUAGACCCCGAGUACUUCAUGUCAGAUCUGCUGACAGAAAUGAGCGACGUGUUCAGCUUCGGCAUCAUGCUGCUCGAGAUCGCCACGGGGCUGCACCCAAAACCCCUCUUGCCAUUUCCCCAUCCUCUCCUUUCCUCCUCCCUUCCUUACUCCCAGGGCUACCUGGACCCCGAGUACUUCAUGUCUGACCUGCUAACCGAGAAGAGUGAUGUGUUCAGCUUCGGCAUCGGCUACCUGGAUCCCGAGUACUACAUGUCUGACCUGCUGACCGAGAAGAGUGACGUGUUCAGCUUCGGCAUCGUGCUGCUCGAGAUUGGGACGGGGCUGAUUGGGCUGCACCCAAUCCCACUCUAUUCCCCCUCUCCCCAUCUCUCUGUUUCUCCUCCCCAGGGCUACCUAGACCCCGAGUACUUCAUGUCAGAUCUGCUGACUGAAAAGAGCGACGUGUUCAGCUUCGGCAUCGUGCUGCUGGAGAUAGCCACAGGUCUCCGGCCAAUCAGCGACGGACAGCACAUCCGCCAGCUGGUCAUUAAGCGCGUCAUGGCGGGCGGCAGGGGCGCGACAGCUGUCAUCGACCCUGCGCUGCUGACUGCGGUAGGCGGAGGGGACCCUGCGCUGCUGACUGCGGUAGGGGGAGCGAUGGAGGGAGAAGGAGGGAAUGUGGAGGUGUUAGUGGAUGGCGCAGGGCAAUCCCAAGGGGGAAGCUUAGGUGGUAUUCCCGAGGAGGUGGAGGCGACGUUUGAGUGGUUCCUGAAGCUGGGCAUGCGGUGCAGCGCCCGCAUGCCCAGCUUGCGGCAGUGA